AUGAAUUGUGGGUUUGAAUUGGUUUUGGCUAUGGAUUGUGAGUAUCUUUCUGUGGUUUUUGCAUUGCUUUUGGUGGGUGUUCAAGUGGGUUUUACAUAUGAUGUUAAGAGUUUCAUUACUUGGGAUGAUAUGAAGGUGGAUUUGCCUAGGGAGAGAAUUAGUACAAGAGAUGAUGGAUGCAGAGUUAUUGUUGUUGACAAGAAUGGUGGAGGUGAUUCUGUCACAGUUCAAGGAGCUGUAGAUAUGGUGCCUGCAAGUAAUACUCAGAGAGUCAAAAUCUUUGUUCUUCCUGGAAUUUACAGGGAGAAGGUACUAGUACCAAGAUCAAAGCCAUACAUAUCAUUUAUUGGGGAGGAAAGCAGAGUUGCAGAUACCAUAAUCACUUGGCAUGAUAAAGCAUCAGAUAUAGACAUCAAUGGACAUAAACUAGGAACUGCUAACUCAGCAUCUGUCACCAUAGAAUCUGAUUAUUUCUGUGCAACAGGUAUCACUUUCCAGAAUACAGUGAAAGCAGUAGCUGGAGCAUCCGAGAUGCAAGCGGCAGCAUUGAGGAUUUAUGGUGACAGAGUAAUGUUUUACAAAGUUAGGGUUCUUGGGACACAGGACACUCUCUUGGAUUUAGCUGGAACACACUAUUUCUAUCAGUGUCACAUUGAAGGAAAUGUUGAUUUCAUAGCUGGCAAUGGAAAAUCACUCUAUCAGGAGUGUAAUCUCCAUUCAGUAGCUGAAUCUUCCGGCGCCAUUGCUGCGCAGCAACGGUUUUCGCCGGACCAGAAUACUGGGUUUUCAUUUGUAAAUUGUCAGGUCACUGGAACUGGAAAUAUCCUGCUGGGAAGACCUUGGGGUAACUUUUCAAGGAUGAUAUAUUCAAACUGCUACUUCAACAAUAUCAUUGACCCUCAAGGAUGGAGUGACUGGAGGGACCCAAAGCGACAGAAGUAUGUUAUAUUGGGGGAGUAUGCAUGUAGAGGACCAGGAGCAGAUAGAGGAGGCAGGGUAUCUUGGUCAAAAUCACUCAGCUAUGAAGAUGCAAAGCCAUUUCUGAACACAAAUUUCAUCAAUGGAGAGCAAUGGCUUAAACUAUGAGGUUUACCCUACCGAACGCCUGUUCCUUCAGCGUAUCAUUGAAGAAGAAACCAAGCACGAAGGUGUUAAGGCACGGCAAUUUUGAGGUCUUCCACUCUGUUUUACACACAGAUCAUACCUGUGAACAGUUGGCCAAAAUGUAACAUACACAACAAAUAACACU